AUGAACGUUGCGCUUGAUGAAAUCGGGCUGAUCGAGAUCACCGAUGCGCGAAUGUGCUUCCUCGAGGGGCAACGUUAUUUAUGCACAAGUUGGGCGAAACUCGACGCUGCCUGCAAUAAUUUGGGGCAAUUCGUCGCGCUUUUCCGGUUUACAGACGGAUCGCUGGAAUUUGUCAACAAGGUUGUUGCCAAGCGCCAAUGGGCCGCGACGACGAUAAUUCCGACACCGGUCGGUCCGUUGUAUGCCGUUUUUGUCACCGACGCCGCGCCACUGCUAUACGUGGUCAACAAAUCCGGCCUGAAACCGAUCGAAUUCGAGGAGCUGCCAGAGAGCAAUUCUUUUGCUGAUUUGAAGGCGGCUCGGAAAGGAUCUAUUACGCGAUUUUCGCGCUUGUCUUCCGGAAAGUACAUCUGGACGGCUGAAGGGACGGAUGCUGGGCUUUUCGUUAUUAGUGUAUUUGAAAAAGAUACCGGAAGGUAUAUCGGGAGGCGAGCGUUCCGAUUUAACGGCGCAAUCUCGGUGGUCUCACUCUUCGAGCUCGAGCAAACGGACUCAAUCUCCGAAGAAACAGUACCGGAAAUGUUGCUGUUACUGAGCUCGACCGUGGGCCCAGUGUGCAUCUGGCACGGCACAAUAUUAGAAGAGACUCUCGUCGUCGAGCUCAUCUACGAGCUGGCAGACACCAUACAAAAAGACGCCGUCACAAGCGCAUUCAUCUCGAAGGGUCUCAUCUUUAUCGGCACGUAUUCUGGGGUAUUCUUAGUCUAUCAAGUACCGAAAGGUGUCGUGGAGAUGGCCGAAGCGAUUCCGGCAGUAUUCAUGUUGGGCCUCUCCUCGCCCAUCAUAACGUUGACGUCGUUGGACGAGGCGGGGCAUCGUAUCGGCGUUAUUUCAACGGAGGGCUUUCAUACUUUAUUGUACCAAGAAAGCACUUCCACGCCGGUCACUCCCUCUGCAAUAGCCUACGAGGACGAAAUUGUGCUUCCAACGGGUGAACAACGGGUUGAGUUGGGUACGGAAGCGCGGGCCGAGCCUCCAGUCACACCUACGCAAAGCAGCUCGCGAGGCCAAAGCGGCGGCUCCGGGCUGACGUUGCGGAAGGAGACGUCGUCGGGUGGACGACGGACAAAGCCCGAGAAUUUGCCAAUCGAUCGUGUGACAUUUCGUAUU